AUGGCAAUCGACGAAAAGAAAUUCGACGUCGCCGACGAGCAAGCCAUCCAGCCAGCCUCCAGUGAUGGAGAAGGCGAGAGCGAGCACCGCGCCCUGUCGAGGGCUUUGAAGGGGCGACACAUGCAGAUGAUUGCAAUUGGCGGAUCUAUCGGAGCAGGUCUCUUCGUCGGCACCGGAGGAGCGUUGAGAACCGGUGGACCAGCUUCCUUGCUGAUCGGCUUCAUGAUCAUCGGUUGCAUGAUGAUGUGCACGGUUCAAGCUCUGGGAGAACUGGCCAUCAUCUACCCCGUCAACGGCGCCUUCUACGAGUAUGCCGUUCGCUUCAUCGAUCCAGCUUGGGGCUUCGCUAUGGGCUGGGAAUACUCCAUCGGCUGGAUGGUAACCCUUCCCUUCGAAAUCACCGCGGCCGGUAUCACCAUCGAGUUCUGGAAGAGCAGGGAGGAAGUCAACCCGGGAGUGUGGUGCGCAGUCUUCAUGACGUUAUUGAUCGUGAUCCAGGUCUUUGGGGUUCGAGGCUAUGGCGAAGUCGAAUUUCUGCUGGGAUUCGUCAAGGUUCUGGCAUGUGUGGUAUUCAUCAUCCUAGGUAUCAUCAUCAACGCCGGCGGCGUGCCCACAGAUCCGCGCGGAUACAUCGGGGCACGAUACUGGCAGGACCCAGGGGCCUUCAGGAACGGGUUCCAGGGCUUCUGCUCCGUCUUCGUGACUGCUGCAUUUUCCUUCGGCGGAACAGAAAUGGUAGGCCUCGCGGCAGCGGAAGCCGCCAACCCACGCAAGACUCUCCCGAAGGCGACUCGUCAGGUCUUCUGGCGCAUCACCCUGUUCUACAUCCUCAAUAUCUUCAUCAUGGGCCUCAUCGUCCCCUCUGAUAGCGACGUCCUCAUGGGCGCAAGCGGAGCGAACACCAAGGCCUCGCCGUUCGUGUUGGCCGUGGAGCUGGCCGGGAUCCAAGUCCUCCCUCAUAUCAUCAAUGGCGUAAUCACCCUCGCCGUAAUCUCCGUCGCGAACAGCUGCACCUACGGCUCGACCCGCGUCCUCCAAGCCCUGGCCGCCUCAGGCCGCGCCCCGCGCAUCUUCGCGCGCGUCGACCGCAGCGGCAGGCCCAUCUACUGCGUGGUGCUCCAGGUUGCCUUCGGCUUCCUCUCCUUCGUCACCGUGGCCGCCGACUCCAAGGUCGUCUUCAACUGGCUGCUCGCCGUCACGGGUCUCUCGGGCCAGUUCGCGUACCUGAGCAUCAUGCUCGCGCACAUCCGCUUCCGCAAGGCCUGGGGCCUGCAGGGGCGGCGGGUCGAGGACAUCCCGUGGCGGUCCGCGCUCGGGGCGGGAGGGAGCUACGUGGGCGUGUUCUUGGUGCUUUGCUCGUUGUCUGCGACGUUUUAUUCUGCGCUUUUCCCUGUUGGCGGGAGCCCGAAUGCGGAGUCGUUUUUUCAGAGUUAUCUUGCUCUGCCCAUCACUCUGUCGCUUUUUGCGUUCUGGAAGGUGUACACCAAGGACUGGAGCUUCGGGGUUGACCUGAAGAGUGUUGAUUUGGAUAAGGGAAGGCGGCGCGAGGAGGAGCUGGAGGUUUACGACACGGAUGAGGAGAAGAAGCCUGCGAUGUGGAAGCGCGUCAUGUCUUUCCUCUUUUGA